UUUUUACGUAAAUAAUUAGUUUCUGGACUUUUAACCGAGUUAUUUUAAAAUUAAAAAAGUUCAAAAUGGCCACCGUUAACGUUAACCGAAGUGUUACUGACAUCUUCUAUCGUUAUAAAAUGCCACGUUUGCAAGCAAAAGUGGAAGGAAAGGGCAAUGGUAUCAAGACAGUCCUUGUAAACAUGGCAGAAGUAGCUCGCGCUAUUGGGCGCCCUGCUACCUAUCCAACAAAAUAUUUUGGAUGUGAGCUCGGUGCUCAGACUCUAUUUGAUCAUAAGAAUGAGAGGUUUAUAGUAAACGGAUCCCAUGAUGUUAAUAAAUUGCAGGAUUUGUUGGAUGGAUUUAUUCGCAAGUUUGUAUUAUGUCCUGAAUGUGACAACCCGGAGACAAAUUUAUCAGUGUCUGCCAAAAACCAGACUAUUUCUCAGUCGUGCAAGGCAUGCGGUUUUCAUGGUUUAUUAAAAGUAAACCACAAAGUCAACACAUUUAUUGUGAAAAAUCCACCAUCUCUAAACCCAACCUCUCAGGGCUCAUCGCUAACUGAAGGCAAGCGCUCGAAAAAGCAAAAACAGAAACACGAGAACUCUGACGGUUCUGUAUUCAACAACUCAGUCGCCAACAAUUCUGGGGGUGAAUCUGAUGGAGGUAAUGGAAAAAAUCAAGCCAGCCAAACUGAGGCUGAAAUAAGCGCUGCCAUUCCAGAAAAAAAGUCGGAAGAUGACGAUGAUGAAGGUUGGAGCGUUGAUGUAUCUAAGGAGGCCAUUCGUGCACGUUUACAAGAUUUAACAGAUGGCGCUAAGGGUAUGACAAUUUCGGACGAUUAUGACAAAACUGAAAAAGAACGUAUUGACAUUUUCUAUGAAUUGGUCAAGGACAAACGUGACAAAAAAUAUUUGCAAGAUGUACCACAUCACAAGGAUUUGUUUAUUGAGGCCGAGCGUCUGGAUAUUAUUAAUAAAGCUCCACUAGUUCUUGCAGAACUUCUCUUCACUGAAAAUAUUAUCUAUGAUAUUCCAACAUAUCGUAAUUUAUUGCUGCGAUUUACUCAUAAUAACCCAAAGGCUCAGCGGUACCUAAUUGGAGGAGUUGAACAAACUAUUGAACUGCAUUCAAGCUCAUUAAUAAACAAAACAGCGAUUAUUUUUAAAAAGCUGUAUGAUUCGGAUGUACUCGACGAAAAAGUGAUACUUGACUGGGCACAGAAAGUGAGCAAACGUCAUGUCUCAAAAAAAAUAGCGACUGAGAUACAUGAGAAAGUAGUGCCAUUUGUCCAGUGGCUUAAGAAUGCUGAGGAAGAAGAAUCUUCUUCCUCUGAGUCUUAUGAACACAAUGAAAAUGUAUACCCGGUGGAGGACUACAAAUUGAAACCAGUUAAAUCACCAGAAAAAGUCAAACAGAACGAUGACAAUGCAGACGAAGAGGAUCCUUUAAAUAUUGAUGAUAUUUAAUCUACAAGCACAGCAGAAGCACAAGUGUCUUAAAAAAAAAAUCAAUGUGGAAAACGAAUUAUACAUUUGAGGGGUUAAGUUACAGGUGUAAUUGUACUCAUUGAGUUAAUAAGGUGCUCAUCGUAUAAUUUAUCCCAGCACCAUAGAAUUUUUUAAGUUGAUUUAUCGCUUUAUCAUCAUUCUAUUGUAAGCAUUACACUUACAAGAAUUUGUAACCAUAGUCGUUAAAUUAACCUAUUUACUAUUCCCCCAAAAAAAAAACGAAUAAUGAAUAAAAUAAAAUUUUAAAAUGUAAAAA